CAGUUCAGGAAUUCUUUUUGGGCUUACCUAUUCCUAAGGGAAUGUCAAGUGCUAUGCUGGUGCUUAUUCCUAAGAAAGAUAAUCCUAAUACCUUUUCUGACUUCAGACCUAUCUGUCUGUCUAAUUUUCUGAGCAAAGUGUGCACUAAAGUCUUGGUUACAAGGCUUGACAGUAUACUCCCCAAAAUCAUAUCCAAAGAACAUGCUGGUUUUAUGAAGCAAAGAGACAUCGCUGAUCAGGUUGAAGCUAGAGCUUACUUCCUACACCCAUUGUUCGGAAGAUCGAUGGAGAGAAGACGUGGUUCAUGCUUCCUCUGGUUCUAUUUCUAAAUAAUUAAAUAAUGCUCGUGGAACUAUUUUUGACUUAUAAAUUAAUGGAGCCUACGAGCUCUUGUUUUACCCUCGUGUGGAUUCUUAUUAAACACUUAUAUUCCGAUAUGUGUUUGAUUGUAUGUUGAUGUUGUUAUGUAUGUUUA